AUGGCUCCUUCUUCUUUUGUUAGCUUUUGGAAGAGGAUUUUUUCUAAUAAAGAUCAAGAAACAUCAAGUGUAAAAAACGCUGAUGAUUUUGAUUUAAAACGGCACGCUUUGGAAAAAAAUGCGUAUGACGAGGAUCUAAGUUCUGAUCCGAAUACUUUUUUUAACCGCAAAAACAUUCAUAUGCCACGCAUACUUUAUCUUAUGCUCUGUUCUGUUGGUUCCUUCAUCAUAUCUGGAGGUCUAGAAUUCGCUAUUGCUUAUGUCCGCCUUUGGCGUCUUCCUGACACACUUUCCGGUGAUUUAGCAGUCACCAACUUUGCCCAAGCCAUCGUCACUUACUGGAUUGAAUCUGCAUUGGUGCAGGCUGAUUUGCGCUCAGGUCUUGUACGGCCUGUUUAUUUUGGUUGGUGGCCGAAAAACACUUUUAUGCGAGAAAUCCUACGAGCAAAACCAAAUUAUCACUUUAAUUUUAUUGUCUUCCGCUGGAUGGAAUGGUUAGUUUUUACCGCCUUACGUGGUUUGUUCUGGUCUAUCCCUCUGUGGUUUUUACUUUGGCCUGCUUCCAUCGGUAUUCUAUGUGCUCCAGGAAACCACUUUGGCAAUGACUACUAUUAUAAUAACUAUCCUGCUCCCCAAGUGGUUAAGCUUGUUUUUGGCGGUGUCUUGGGUUUUGUUAUUACGCCAUGGAUUGCGUUUUUGCACAUGUACAUGUAUGGUCAUUAUCAGUAUAUGGAAAAAAAUCAACAGCAAAUUGCAAGUGAUAAAGAUUUGGAAUCACAAAGAAAUGUUGCUGGUGGUGCCUUUCCGACUACUACCAGAGAUAUGUCUAAUUCAGAACGUGCAUCGGCGACGCCCGCUCCUCCUACAUCUUCUGUCAAUCACUUCCCUACUCCAAGUUCCAGGUCUGAAGCAAAUGUGGAUGCUCCGAUCAGCUCUUUUGAGGGAUUAUCUGAAACUGUUAGAGCUCCUCAAAACGAAAACAUGCCCUCCACGAAACAAUCGCCGACGGCUGAAGUGCUUGAGCCUGCCGAACAACCUCUUACGGAUUUUCAUCCCCAUCCAGUUUUAAACACUCACACUACUAGUGUGUAUGAAUCUUCAGCUGCCGUUCCAUCGGACAAUGCUGUCCACUCAGAUAACAGGAGACUCUACAGUGCUGUUGAUCAUCCUACCGAAAUCGGGUCGCCUGUCGCUUCGCCAGAGAUGGUACAUCAUACCACUGUUGUCAAUGGAAGUUUAAAUAGUUCGAUCAACUCAUAUUCCCAUAAUAGUGCUUUCGAUAGCUCUGAUAAUGACGGCUUCUCACUAGUAACAGCCCCGAGUAUUGCUCCUACCUCUUCUUCUGUUGCAAACUCAGCAGCACCCAGUGUAAAUGGUGAUGCCCCUGAGGAGAUUGAUGAUUCUGCUUCUUCCAAUGCAAGUGUCACUACCAAAAAGCCAAACUAA